AUGGAGCGGGACAUGAAGGCCUGUUCUCCUGUUGAUGAGAUCUACAGCACAAAUUAUAAAAUGGUGAUGACCCUUGGUAGAGGACAUUUCGCAGAAGUCAAACUUGCUUGCCAUAUUCCCACAGUCAACUGUGUUGCUGUUAAAAUCCUUAGAAAGAACAAGGAGAAUGCCUCCUUUAUGGCCAAAACCAGAGACAGCACCUACAUGGUAAUGGAGCUUGCUUCAGAGGGAGAGCUGAGGAUGCACAUCCUUGAAUGGGGCUCUCUACCGGACCAGGAGACCCAACGGUGGUUUAGCCAGAUACUAUGUGCAGUACAGUACUGCCAUAGCAACAGCAUUGUGCACAGGGAUAUAAAGGCCGAAAACAUCCUGGUUGAUGGCAGGGGAAAUGCCAAGUUGAGCAAUUUGGGUCUGGCAGUUAAAGUCCAACCUGGGGAGAGGAUAGUGGAUUUUCAUGGCACUCUGCCCUACUGUGCUCCCAAACUCUUUGGGACAGAGCCAUACGAUGGCUAUCCCAUAGGCAGCUGGAGCCUGGGAGUGCUCCUUUUCAUUAUGGUCUCUGGAGACUUCCCAUUCGGAGCUUCUCCUCCUGCAGAAGUAAGGCGGCAGGUCCUGGCUGCCAACAUCAGCAUUCCUAGUUACAUCUCCCUUGAUAUUUUCACUGUCAUCAUUGAACUGCUGAUCAUUCACCCUGGCAGAAGGCCCACUGCUGACCAAAUCAUGGAGGGAUGGAGAACUUCUGAGCCUGUUUUUCCCACCUUUGACUUCCCACCUGAGCCCCAGGAGGAGGAGGAGGAGGAGGAAAAGAUCUCCAAACAGGGUGGUAGAAGGCAUAGCAUGCCUGCCAUCCUGUGCUGCCAACCCAAGAAGACCCGCCCCCAACACCUAUCCAAUCAGGGUUCUGAUGUGGACGAUUCCCUUCUAAGCAGCAAUCUAGACAUCAGUGAGAAAUUAACAUAUUCCAAGAUGGGGCUCUAUGGCAGCCUGGCUGUAGACAGUCAGCCAUCCUCUCCUCUGAGGCCACACCAGGGUGUGACUGCCAAUCAUACAGAUGAGGGCACAUCCUGCUGCUUGUCCUCAUUGGAAACCAAUAUCUCCUGGGAUGUGUCCCAGGGUGUCACCCCGAGAGGCUCCUUCAUCGGGGAUAUGUCAUCAGAAGUUAACAGCACUGCUGGCCAGCCUCAGAGUGCAACCACAUCUUUCCCUCGAAGCUGUUGCCUGGGCUGGAAGGGUGUGAAGAAGACAAUGAUGAAUUGUCUCAGAUGCCUCUGUUGCUGCCUGCCGCCCGAAGGAGACGCUCCACCUCUGGUAACAACCAGGCUCCAAGGGACCAUGGGGUCAGCCACAGAAGCAGGAACAUCAGAGUCUCUAGACAGUGGUUCCCGGGGCUUUCACCUGUGCAGCCAGGAUGAAAGGAUGUUCCGGCAUGCAGUCCUCACGUCAGCUUUGUCUGACCUCUGUGCAACAGUGUGA